AUGAGAAGAAGGAAGAGUUCAUCAUCCCAGUUCGACGAGUCGAGCUCUCAAGAAAAAUUUACGACAUUGUUUUAUGGGUUCAGGAGCCAGUUGGCGGCAUACAUCAAAGACGCUCACAUCCUUUGGGCUCCUUCCUCAUUGGCUGUUGACGGGAUGCUCGGAGGUAUAGAGGGAUGGAAAGGAGGAGGAAGUGGGAGGAGGACUCGUACUACUCUGACCGAUCAUCACGACGACGAGGACGACAACGACAACGACGAAGGAGACAAGGAGGCGGAGGACGAAUGUAUUGACAGGGCUGCCUGCAGGGUUGCAGGAAGCCCUGCAUGCUGCAGUCCGCCCUGCUCUACCAUCCCGGCAGAGGCAGUAUAG